AUGACACUGAUGAAAUUGAAGCUAAACUCUCCCAAUUUAGAUUUAGCUGAGAGGUUCAACACAAGUAAGACAACAGUGCAAAAUAUUGUGGUUACACAUAUUUUUGCUUUGCAUGAAGUGUUCUUUGAGGGCAUGAUUGAAAAUAACAUUCCCUCCCUUUUAAAGUGCAAGUCCUCUAUGCCGACAAGUUUUGGUGAUUUUAAUUGUUGCCGUCUUGUGAUCGAUGCGACAGAGGUGACCCAAGACGUUCCAGGGCAGGAUAUGUUAGCACAGUCUCAAACUUAUAGCUCAUAUAAAAACAGGCACACCGUAAAAUCUGUUACAGGCGUUGCCCCUAACGGAGCUGUGGUAUAUGUUAGCAAACUUUACCCAGGAAGUACAUCUGAUGUGGCCAUUGUUGAACACAGUAAAAUGCUCUGCCAGUUGAAACCAGGGGAUAUGAUUCUGGCUGAUAAAGGUUUUACUAUUCACUCUCUCCUUCCAGCAGGUGUGCAUCUCAACAUUCCUCCUUUCUUGAAAGACAAAGGACAAUACACUCCUGCCGAAGUGCAACUGUGUAGAAAAAUUGCCAGAUCUCGUAUCCAUGUAGAGCGGGUAAAUGAAAGAAUAAAGAACUUUGAGAUAUUAUCUCACAUUCCUCACAAGUUUAGACAUUUAAGCACGAAAAUUUUUCAAGUAUGUUCUAUACUAGUCAAUUUUCAAGAUCCAAUGAUUGCAGAGAUUGCAGAUAAUUACAUUCAGGCUCAAGAUUUAGACACUCAGUAA